CCCCCUCCAUGGCAAGAAAUCUCAAAGUCGCAUUCAUUCAUCCUGACUUGGGAAUAGGUGGCGCGGAGAGACUCGUGGUGGACGCGGCACUCGGGCUGCAGAAGCUGGGACAUAGCGUCGACAUCUACACCUCCCACCACGAUCCUGGCCACUGCUUUGAGGAGACCCGCGAUGGCACCCUCUCCGUCAAGCACAUCGUUCCUCCCUUCCCCCGCGCCAUAGCCGGGAAGCUCCACAUUCUCUUCGCCCACCUCCGCCAGCUACACCUUACUACCAAGCUCAUAUCUACCGACUCCCCCCACUACGACGUCUUCUUCGUCGACCAGCUCUCCACCUGCGUCCCUUUGCUGCGCAAGUUCGCCGGCACGCGCGUCGUGUUCUACUGCCAUUUCCCCGACCAAUUGCUGGCGAAUGGGGAAUUUGUGGAGGACCCGCGGAGGAGGAAGAGGGGGAGCCUGCUGAAGAGAAUAUACCGUUUGCCGAUGGACUGGUUGGAGGAGUGGACUACUGGCCAGGCUGAUGUGAUUUUGGCGAACUCGAACUUCACGGCGCGCGUCUUCAAGACGCAGUUCAGGUCUAUACACAAGGAUACGCGUGUCGUUCACCCGGGCAUUAACCUGAGCGCGUAUGACGCGCCAGUCGACCCGGGCAACCCAGAUAUUGCUGCCGUGCAAUCUGACCGCCCUACGUUCAUCUCACUCAACCGCUUCGAGGCAAAGAAGAACGUUGGCCUCGCCAUCGAGGCCUUCGCGCAAUUCCUCACCUCUAGUCGCGCCUCAUGCCGCCUAGUCCUCGCCGGCGGCUACGACCCUCGCGUCGAGGACAACGUCGCAACGCUCACCUUGCUCACCACCCUCGCUACCAAACAUGGCCUUUCCUACGCCAUCACCAGCCCCUCUCCCUCCGUCAUCCCACCCUCCGCGCCCUCCAUCAUUCAGGUCCCCGACCCCGACAUCCUCUUCCUCCUCAACUUCACGCUCGCCCAGCGCACCGCGCUCUUGCGCUCGCCCGCCGCCCUCGGGCUGCUGUACACGCCCGCGAACGAGCACUUUGGCAUCAUCCCGUGCGAGGCGAUGUAUUGCGGGCUGCCCGUGCUCGCGCGCGACUCGGGCGGGCCGACAGAGACCGUGGUCGAGGGGGUGACGGGGUGGCUGAGACCGGGCGACGCGGCGGUGUGGGCGGGCGUGCUGGGGGAGAUGGCAAGGAUGGGUCCGGCGGAGAGGACGCGGAUGGCGGAGGCGGCGCGGGCGAGGGUGGAGGCGCUGUUUGGGAUGGAUGCGAUGGCGAAGGGGGUGGAGGAUGCGUUGUUGGAGGCGGUGGAGAUGGGGGAGUUGCAGGCGUCCUCGGCGGCGACUUGGUUGAUGGUUUUGUGGAUGCUUUUAGGCUUUGUGAUAGCCUACGCUGUAGGACCAUGGCUGAUUUAGAUACCAAAAUCUAUUCCUACUUCCCUGCACUUCAACCGCCCGAGUCCUGAGUCAAUCCGAGGCUACACGCGGUCGGAAAAUGCCGACCUGUCUUUCCUUCCAAAUCCC